AUGGUUACAGAAAAGGGUUGGCCCAGACUGGUGGGGCCGAAUGGCUGUCCCAACGUAGUCGCGCAGGCGGAGUGGAGAGACGAUCCGGUCACGAGAUCGGUGAUCGAUUCUACCGCCUGCGCUGAGUGCGUCGCCGCCAUUGCUGCGGCACUCGAUUGCGGUCCCUGGUGUCCGCGGCGGCGGGAGGAUCGGCAGUGGCACCGAGAGCCCGGUUCAGGCCACGGCGGGAGCUUUGCGUUAUUCUUGGAAAAUUGUGCUCCAGCAGUGAAUUCAUUGAACUUCGGCAUUACCAAUCCACUUCUGUUAGGCUCAGCAAAUUUGCAGCUCGCCCAGAUUAAAGCCCAGCUGGCCCUACAGCAGCUGAACUCUGUCGCCUCUACAACUUUAUCGAAUACCGCUCUUGCAUCUCUGAACCAAGCUCUUGUGAAGAUCAACAUGUCCAUGUUCAAUGCCAGGGGGCCAUUUGGCCAGAAUCAGGGCCCUCCAAACCAGUUUGGGCAAAGUCAGGUCCCUGCAAAUCAAUUUGGGCAAAUGCAGAGACCUACCACCCAGUUUGGGCAGAAUCAAGGUUCGGCCAGCCAGUAUACUAUGAAUGCUCCUGGAACCUAUAUGGCAGGAGGAGCUGGAGCUGCAGGACGAGGAAUGGGAUUGGGAGCUCAAGGAGCAUCACCUGGCAACUACAGUGGAAUGAACAUGGGAAUGAUGAAUCAAUCGGGGAAUAAUGUAGGCUUAGGUCAGUGGCCUUCCUACCAGAGCCCAUCAUCUGGAGGUUAUCGGCCUGGAUAUGGGAGUGCCACAACCUCUUCAUCUCAAAGUGGAGACCAGAGAUCUGCAGUUCAGCUUUUUCAUGACACAAUGAAGGCUUCUAAUAUCCUAGCAAACUUUGGCCUGUCUAAUGAAGACCUAGAAGAGCUAAGUCGUUACCCAGAUGAGAAGCUUACUCCAGAAAACAUGCCAUACAUCUUAAGAGAAAUUAGAAUGCGGAAGAUGAAUAAGCAGCAGUCGUCAAGCAGUUACAGUCAGCCAUAUAAGCUCCAGGACAAAGACUACAGAAGGGAAGCGGUCCAGAGCAGUGUGGUUGAUUACGGGCACGGUCAGCAGUAUGACUAUCGGGAUAGACCCGUGGAGAGCCCAAGCAUGCGUUACAGUCGCGAAACGCUGAGGGAGGGUACCUGGAAUGAAGAUUUCAAGCGCCCGUCUCAGAAUUAUCAGAUGGAGUCUUCUCGAGAUGAGAGUUCUCAUGGAAUUAAACGAUCGGUGAAGAAGGGAUUGCCAAAACCCAAGCUGAUGAAUGAUUACUAUGGCGUCCCUGCACUGAGGUUCCCCCACGUGUGCAGUUUGUGUAACAUAGAAUGUAGACAAAUGAGGGAUUGGGAACGUCACAAGAAAACAUCUGUCCACUAUGAUAGCUGCCGUCUUUUACUCAAAGAGUAUCCAGACUGGGACCCAGAUGCAAUUCCUCCAACAAAAGAUGAUCUCGCCAAGAAAGAGAAAGAAGCAGUGGCCACAGAUCAGGCUGCCACAUCGUUCAGUUCAUCACGGAUGAGUCCGAAGCAUUUAAGCCCACGUCGCAUGAGCCCCCACAGAACCAGUCCAAGGCGCUCAAGUCCUCGCAAGUCCAGUCCACGGCGUUCAAGCCCUCGCAAAGUCAGCCCGAGACGCAUGAGCCCACACCGUUCCAGAUCCAGUCCAAGGCGCACCAGCCCACACCGAUCCAGGGGCAGCCCCAGGCGCACCAGCCCCCACAGGUCAAGGUCUAGCCCUCGGCGGUCCAGUCCUCACAGAUCCAGGCCGAGGCGUAUGAGCCCCCACAAAUCCAGGACAAGCCCCAAGCACUCAAGUCCGCAAAGGCCUAGCCCACGCAAGCCUAACACAAAACGUAAAACCCAGAAAGAAUUGCCUGCUAAGAAUUCUAAUCAGAAAUCUCCAAGUCAGAAGGCUGUGAAGAGAGCUUCUGUCACUGGAAAACCCCAUGCUGAAGCAAAAAGCAAUACAGCUUCGGCUUCCGAGGAGGCCGAGUACCCUGAUGCUCAAGACAAGGCUAGUGCACAGCAGAUGAAUGAAAUGAGGAAGAGUGGGCGUGUGGUUCACGUCACUGACCUGCCACAUGAUGGCUACACUGAAGAAGACAUCUCAAAGCUGACCCAGCCUUUUGGAAAAGUUGUUGGCAUUAAAUUGGUCAGCUCCAAAAAUGAGGCUUUCCUGGAAAUGGCAUAUAAAGAGGCUGCAGUAGCAGUGGUGGAAUUCUACAGCAUCACACCAGCGGAAAUCAACCGUCGGCAGGUGUCCAUGACAUUACUGGGACAGAAGAAGGAUGUUCCAAAACUGGAUCAGAGUGAACAAUUAGAGAGCCAAGCUGCUGCUUUUGAAGAGAAAGAGAACACUGCAGACACUAGUGCUGUCCCUCAGACAACUACAGAAGCCACCACUCCGUCUUCAGCUGAUGCAACAGUGAAAGAAGAUGAAACUGCAGGAGUGCAGAAGACAGAGUCUGAGAAUGUUUCCCCCAAUGAUAAGGGUAGAGUUAUUCGAAUUAGCAACCUUCCAGCUAAAGGAUACACAGAGGAAGACCUGAAAAGAUUAGCAAAGCCUUUUGGAGAAGUGCUGAACGUGGUUAUCACGUUCUCCAAAAACCAGGCAUACCUGGAAAUGGCGUGCAAGAAAGCAGCUACAAAAAUGGUGGAGUUCUACCGUCUUUCUACGAUCAAGCUCGAAGGAAAUGCUGUCAGUAUGGAAAUACUACAUCAGUAUGUGGAUCUGAGUGACAUGGAGGUUAUAUUUAAGGAUAUGGUUGAAGAAUCGGGGUUUAAACCAGACGAUGGGCGCAGUAUAUAUGACCAUUUAGUUCACGUAAGCAAUCUACCCGAGGAUGGCUAUACUGAAGUUGACAUCCUUUGGGUUGCUUUCCGAUUUGGAAGAGUAAAAGCUUCAAUGUUCUUGAAACCACACAACAAGGCUCUUCUACACUUGGAGAAUGCGAAUGCUGCCACAUCCAUGUGCAGCUUUUUCAGAGAAAUUCCGCAUGACUUCCAUGGAAAAACUCUGGAAUUUUCUUUGUCUCCUCAUGCAGGAAUUCUGCCAGAGAAUCAAGGAAAGGAAGACCAGUCACCUAAGGAGAGUGGUGAUGCCAGCAAGGAACCAGAACCGAUGGAAACUGAACCAGCUGAGAAAGCAGAGUCUAUGGAUGUGGGACUAGCUGAUAAGAAAGCCCAAGGGACUCCAAGUGACAAAACCACGACAGAGUCCACCAAACCAGAUGUAACCAUGGCCUCUGUUCCAGAGACGGAGACUGUGGCAGCAACCACGACAGGGGCAGCUCCCCAGAAUGUGGUCCCCACUACUGCUGCUGAGCCUCCUGCAGCCAGUGCAGGCACCAUCAGCAGCACCCCACUCACCGCCAAGCCUCCAGCUUCGUUUGCUUCAGGGACACCGGCUAGCGAGCCUGGUUUAACAGAGUCGGGCCAGGCUGGCAAAGUUGUUCCGGUGAACCGAAACGCACCAUCCAAACCUGUGGUUGCAGCCGAAGCAAUGGGGAAGCCAUCAGCAACGCCUGCCGCAGGCAGCGUAACCAAGCCCACAGAGUCCUGUGAGACCAAGCCCGUUAGUACAACUGGCCAGGACACUGAAGGGUCAGCAGGGCCAGAUGGUAACACUUCCACCUCCACAAUCACAGCAGCUGGCACUGAGGUGGCACUGAAACCAGCUCCAGCGUCCUCCAUGCCCGAACCUUCUGAUGCAGCUGUGGAGAAGGCCAGUCCCGUCUCAGGUACCGUGGCCCCUGCAGGGACACCUACUGCUGAGGGAGACACUGCACCCGUGUCCACCCUCACCCCCUCUGCGCCACCCAGAACCACGAACCCCUCACCAAGCACCACCACCCCCUCCUCCAACACCACCGCCAGGCCGCCCAAGUCCAUGGUUGUGAAGCCGACGGGCAAAGAGAGCAGCGCGACCAAGUCAAGCGAGAAGAGGAACGCUCCGCCGAGGAGGGAGCACGCAGCCAGGGAGACGGGAAAAGCCGGCACUCCAUCACGGGGCAGAAGCUCAUCCAAGGAGGACAGUGGAAGGAGAAGUUCUUCGCAUCAGAGGGAGAAGGAAUUCCGAUCCAGCCGCCGGCACGGUUCCCAAUAUCCGAGGGACAGGGACAGAGACUACAGAUCAUACAUGUGGAGCAAGACCUCCUCAGACAGAAACAGUAAGGACCGCAGGACCAGCAGCAGAAAUCCAAAGAGAGAAGCGGAACAGGAGGUCUUCCCCUUUAACCUGGAUGAGUUUGUGACUGUGGAUGAAGUGGGGGAGGAGGAAGACCUCGCUGGAGAUCAGAUCCCUGAAAAUGAACCUGAAACCAACACCCAAACAUCAGAAAGUACCGAGCUCAAACUGGUGGGAGCAGAAGCCACCGAGGAAGUCCCCAACGCAAAGCCAGCUGCAGCAACUGAACAGGUCGAGGCAAUGGAGACCACAGAAGUGACAUCGAAACCUGAGGCCCCAGCCCAGCUGGAACCCCUGCCCGAGGCCAAGUCAGCAGCAGAUGAGCAGCCAAUGGAGACAGAGACAACGCCAGAGAAAGCAGCGGAGGCUCCCGCAGCAGAACCAAGCAAAGCCCCUCUCCCAGACACCAGACCAGAGGCCGCGGCGCCCCCAGUCACAGAAACCACAGUUGCCCAGAGGGGGACUGCGUCCCCAUCGUCUGCAGGUGGUGAACCUGCCCACAGUGCAGCGGCAUCUCCACCCAGUAACCUUUCGCCUGUCCCUGCCUCUUCUGGAGGCGACGCCACGAAUGCGGGCCAGGAGCAGCGAACAGAACCCAAGUUGAAGAGAGAGUCUCCACCUGAGGUGGAACCCGCUGUAAAGAGGAUCAGGCUGGCUGGUACAAAUCUCACUGAACUGAAGAUGCCUCCGUACAAGCCCAACAGCCCUGUCGGUGUUGAAUUUGUUGUCCCAAAGACUGGUUACUUCUGUCAGAUAUGUUCCCUGUUUUACACAAAUGAAGACACUGCCAAGGUGACCCACUGCAGCACGAUGCUGCACUACAAGAACAUGGAGAAAUACGUGAACCAGCGGAAAGAGGAGAUUCAGAGACAGCAGGAACGUGCGCCGAAACAGGAAAAGUGACUUCAGUCACUCCCUACAGAGUAUAUUUUGGGUCCAAGUGUUUCUCUCCACCCCCCAACCCCCCUGCUCUCAGUUUACCGAGACCAUUACAACAGUGUACAAAUGAUCUUUCCACUGUAAUGAUGAUGGAUUCUGGGGUUUUUUUUGCGUUAUAUUGUGUCUUGUGUUUUUAUGGAAAUUGUAACAACUGGCGAUUCUGUUACUCAAUUAAAAUUAUGUUCUACA